AUGGGAAAUCAGCACUCCAACUUAAGGUCGGCAACUACUAGCACAGUUCCAGUAUAUGAAGAAAAAAACCAUGAAUUUUCGUUACAUGGAUAUGAUAUUAUGAAACCUUUGGGAGAAGGAUCAUAUGGCAAAGUUAGAGUAGUUAGACAAAAAAAGGACGGCAAGUACUAUGCUUUAAAGUACGUUGAUAAAAGACAUGCUCCAAUUGUGAUUCGCACUAUAUUAGAGGAGAGAAAGGUUCUUUCAAAAAUACGGCAUCCGUUUAUUUGCAAUCUUAAUUUUGCAUUUCAAGAUGAAGCAUUUUAUUGCCUCGUACUUGACUUUGUCGAUAGUGGAGAUUUGCGACAUCACUUGGAGCGAUACACAUUUUCGGAGAUGACGAUUAAACAUUGGAUUGCGGAAUUGGCAUGUGCGGUAGACUAUCUUCAUGAGCAUAAUAUUGUGCAUCGAGACAUUAAGCCAGAAAAUAUAUUGAUGAGUUCUGAGGGUCAUGUAUGUUUGGCUGAUUUUAACAUUGCUCGUGAGCUGACAUGCCGACGUCCAGUAAUUAAUGGGGUAUCGGGAACUUUUAACUAUCUAGCACCAGAAAUUCAUCGUGGCCAACCGUACACAGAACAAGUUGACUGGUGGGCUCUUGGUGUUGUUUUUUAUGAAUGUAUUUACAAGCGGGUGCCAUUUCGUGUUCGGCACCGAUCGGAGAUUUUGGCUGUUAUGGAUGCUGGAUUGGUAUUUCCAGAAACCGAUCCACCCGUGGCAGUUUCUUGUAAACAAGGUAUCUGUGCAUUGCUAAAUAUGGAACCAUUUUUAAGAGUGACAAAUGCGGAGGAAUUGUUUGCAGUUGAAUUUUUUGAUGGCUACGAUCGUGGUGUUCUUGAAGCUAUUCCAUAUAUUAUGCGGACAUCUGAACUUUCUUCGGAUAUAUCUUCUUCUUCAUCUCCUUUAUGCUCCAAUACAUCGGAAUCUUUAAACCCAACAGCAGUGGCAUCCACGGCAUCUAUUCGUGUUCCGCCUAUAUACGAUGUUGCUUAUCAUCCUUUUUUCAAGCAAGAUAUGGAAGAAUUGAAGCAUUACAGUGCUUGUCAGGCGGCCAAAGAUGAAAUGAGGGGGGAGUAUCAGAAGUGGUAUUCAAAACAGAUACAAGUCAAGAUUGAGCGACAACGGCGACAAAAAGAACAAAACAUGCGCAAAGAACGGGCCAAGCAAAAAUUAGAGCGUGAUAUGGAGAAGAUUGAGAGGAGACAUAUGCUUGAGAAUGUUCCACAGGUCGGAAUCAAGCGUGCUGUUAAUGUCAACAAGCUUUUUGAGGAGAACAAAAAGAAUCCAGCAGUUAAUGUAAAGGUUGCUGAGGUCGAUAACUUUCCAAAAAAGCACAAGAAUGUCGAUGAGGAACUCAGAAAGGAGUACAAGAAGGAAGACAAAAAAGAAAAGAAAAAAAAGAAGAAGCAAAACAAGACUGGAUUGAGCACCAAGUUAUCAAAACUAGGUGCUGGUAGAGUUCUUGUAGUUUCGCUUGCCAUGAUGAAGAAAAAUGCUGAGUUAAAGCGCAACAGCCGCCGCCAUGAAAAGGAAGCUGCGCGUAUUACAGAACAAGUUGGUGAACCUGGAGAGUGUACUAUGACACGCAAUGAGCAAGAAAAGAUUGAUAAUUUUGAUUUCCAUAAAUCACGGGUUCCUGUACCACGACAAGGCCCACGCGACGUUACACCUAUUUGCAAUCAACCGAUUAAAAAUUACCAGCAAAACCAUCGCCAAUAUUUGACUAGUGGAUACAAUGGUUCAAUAAACAGUGAGGAAAGCAAUGGUACAGGUGAAAGUGGCUGUGGACCUUCCAUCAAUGUUCCCAAGUGUCCCCAUGAAGAGGGGAUGGAGCCGCGAGCACCGCAGGUUCUAAAGCAUAAGCUAGACAUUCAACGCAGUUUUGAGCCGUUUGACUACCGUGAUUCUCGUGAAUGUAGGUGUUCUACCGUUUAUUGUGGACUUGGCGUUGCUGCCAAGCGGCUUGAAGAACGAUCAUUAGAGGUUUUGCAACAAUGGGAAGAACUUAAUAAUGCUGGUGAAGGGUUUGAAAAUUUUAGUGAGAGUGAGAGUGAGAGUGAAGUCAGCAGUAGUAGUAAGUGCAGCGGAAGUGAUACUACAGCAGUGAAUGAUGGUCUUGAAAGUCAAACUGGAUUUGAUUUAAAAGUAGCAGCUGCUAUGCGCAAGAGCCGGAGUGCUAUGGAAGCAGCUAUACUUGUGAAGGAGCUCAAGCCUAUCAACAAAAUGCACACUAAAAACAGCCACAGUUGCGGAGAAAUUGUAACUGCUGCAAUUGAACGACUAGCGGCUCAAAGUGGUGUGCAAUUAACGGUAGGACGAGCUGUGAGUGCUACCAGCACAAUGACAGCUAAUAUGACUGUUACCAGUGGUACAAGCUGUCCUGGGUCUAUAAGUGGUCGCAGGCGGGUUCCUGGAGGACAGCAGCAACAACAUCAUCAACAUCAUCAACAUCAAAGACACUCACGAGCUAUUGCUUUACCGACCAAAUCUACUGGUGCAAAUAUAAUGCUUAAUGGUUGCCGAGUGCAGCGAGCAGGUCGAGUUCCUAGUGGAAGCCUGCGAAGCAGCUAUGAAGAGAGUACUGGAUUGCCUUUGGGGGUUUUAGGGACUGGUCAGCAAGGCCGUGUAGUGAUUUGA